ACUAAAGCCAUCAAGUUAAGUAGAGACGAAAAUCGAAAAUAUUUCUUUUCUUGUUUUGAGAGAGAGAGACAGCCGGCGGGAAGGCGUCGAGAUCGAUUUAAACUAGUCAGUUGAAGCUGCCAGGCAUUGGAACACGAUGUCUACGGUUGAAGCACCACUGUAUCCAAUAGCUGUCCUGAUAGAUGAGCUAAAAAAUGACGAUAUCCAACUUCGUUUAAACUCGAUCCGUAGGCUUUCGACAAUUGCACGUGCUCUCGGGGAAGAGCGAACCAGGUCGGAAUUAAUUCCAUUUCUCAGUGAAAACAAUGAUGAUGACGAUGAGGUGCUUCUUGCUAUGGCUGAGGAGCUGGGAGUGUUUAUUCCCUAUGUCGGGGGUGUUGAGCAUGCCCAUGUUUUGCUGACGCCUUUGGAAACCCUUUGCACUGUUGAGGAAACCUGUGUAAGGGACAAAGCUGUUGAGUCAUUAUGCAAAAUUGGAUCUCAGAUGAGGGAGAAUGAUUUGAUUGAGUGGUUUACUCCUUUAGUUAAGAGGCUGGCUGCUGGAGAAUGGUUUACAGCUCGAGUUUCAGCCUGUGGGCUGUUUCACAUUGCUUAUCCAAGUGCCCCUGAGACAUUGAAAACAGAAUUACGGUCGAUAUACGGUCAACUAUGUCAAGAUGACAUGCCCAUGGUAAGAAGGUCUGCUGCGUCAAAUCUGUGGAAAUUUGCUGGAACAGUUGAAUCUGCUCACUUGAAGGCUGACAUCAUGCAAAUGUUUGAGGAUCUUACACAAGAUGAUCAAGAUACAGUUCGAUUAUUGGCUGUUGAGGGAUGUGCUGCUCUUGGAAAGUUGUUAGAGCCCCAGGAUUGUGCUGCACGUAUUCUCCCUGUAAUUGUUAAUUUCUCCCAGGACAAAUCUUGGCGUGUGCGUUAUAUGGUUGCAAAUCAAUUAUAUGAACUUUGUGAAGCUGUGGGACCAGAGCCUAUUAGGACUGAUUUGCUUCCUGCAUAUGUGCGGUUACUUCGUGAUAAUGAGGCUGAAGUUCGCAUUGCAGCUGCAGGAAAAGUAACUAAAUUUUGUCAAAUUUUGAGUCCAGAACUUGCAAUCCAACACAUUCUUCCAUGUGUUAAGGAACUGUCAUUGGAUUCUUCCCAGCAUGUCCGCGCUGCUUUGGCUUCAGUUGUGAUGGGAAUGGCUCCUGUCCUUGGGAAGGAUGCAACAAUCGAGCAGCUUCUUCCAAUAUUUCUCUCCCUUUUGAAGGAUGAAUUCCCUGAUGUGCGGCUCAACAUAAUCAGCAAACUUGAUCAAGUGAAUCAGGUUAUUGGGAUUGAUCUAUUGUCCCAAUCCUUACUACCAGCCAUUGUUGAGCUCGCUGAGGAUAGGCAUUGGAGGGUUCGACUUGCAAUAAUUGAGUAUAUACCAUUAUUGGCAAAUCAGUUAGGGGUUGGGUUUUUUGAUGAUAAACUUGGUGGCCUUUGCAUGCAAUGGUUGCAGGAUAAGGUUUACUCUAUUCGAGAUGCAGCUGCUAACAAUUUAAAGCGUCUUGCUGAAGAAUUUGGCCCAGAUUGGGCGAUGCAGCAUAUUAUUCCACAGGUACUAGAGAUAGCUAAUGAUUCACACUAUCUUCAUCGGAUGACCCUUCUUCGUGCUAUUUCUCUCCUUGGUCCUGUUUUGGGCUCAGAAAUAACAUGUUCUAAACUGUUGCCAGUUGUUGUCAAUGCAUCAAAAGACAGGGUUCCCAAUAUUAAGUUUAAUGUUGCGAAGGUUUUGCAGUCUCUGAUUUCAGUAGUUGAUCAGUCUGUGGUGGAGAAGACGAUACGUCCAUGCUUGGUAGAGCUGAGUGAGGACCCAGAUGUUGAUGUCCGUUAUUUUGCAGUCCAAGGACUUCAGUCAAUCGAUCAGGUCACCAUGUCAAGCUAGGCCAGACCACUUUAUUGGAGGCGUUUUUAUUUAUUUAUUUUUGUUCAUAAACAAGCAAUCCUAUUGUUGUAGAAGGGAUUGGGCUGAAAAAAUGGCUACUAGCACAUGGUCAUGGGAAAUGAAGAAACCAGAGAAUCCCAAAAAAUAUUUCAAAGGGGGGUUGGUUGAUCAACUUUACGUACCAAAUAGGCAAAUAUUCAUAUUUUUAUGGUUUAACCACUCGACUGAUACGGUAUCCGUCAUAGCAGUCAAGUCAACAAGUUGUUAUUUGAUACCCUUAA